UCUGACAUCAGUAAUGAGACAAUCUCUUCCUCCAUAAUUGCUGCCACAGUUUGAGCGCAGAGAAACAUGAGGUUUCACAGGAGCUGCCAGAGCUUCUCCCCAGUCCUCCUAUUUAUCGGUGUUUCUUGUGCUCUUCUUGUUGAAGUUCCUCAGGAUUCACUCAAUGGAACUGUCGGUCAAUCUGUCCUUCUCUCUGUCACCUACAAACUCCAGGGACCAUUUCACUCUCCAUUGGCAAUUCAGUGGAAUUUCAGCAAUACCACCAAUGUGCUUGUCACCUACACAGGGACUAACUUCUCUGUCAGUGCUGAGGGGAUUCCCACCUGCCAUUCUGGCUAUGUUUUUAUACAUCCCUCAUAUCAAGGUCGCAUUAUAUUUUUCCCUGAAAAUGCUUCUCUGCUCCUUCAGAACCUGAGGCUCAUUGAUGGUGGAGUCUACACCGUCAACUUUAGACUAUUGAAAAAAACUAGAGACAUUGCAUUAACUGUGUCAGCUCCUCAUUUUAACAAUGGAAACCCAGAUUCCAGUGACCCUACAGAAGAUAACAACCUCGCCAUCCCUGGGCACCCAGUAACCUACAUUGCUGGAGGCUGCUUUACUUUACUCUUCCUUCUGCUGCUGCUGUUGUGCUGCACGUGGUGCCAGGGUGCAGCUGGAUCACAAACAACCAGAAUUAUAAAGCAAGAGCAGGUCCAGAACUCUGAGGACUCCCUUGUGGAAAGUACUCUGCAUUUACAAAGCACUUACAUGAACACUAGCGAAACCCAAGAACAUCCUUUGACCAGAUCAGAGCCACAGACUGAGUAUGCCACCAUCGGCUUCUCUGGACGAUAACCUAGCCUGACACUGACAGCAGCAGGUUUGGGGAGUGAGAAGUACGUGCUAUUCCAUUACCAAAGCCAUGUGAUUGGUGGUUCUGUUGGAAACAAAGGAAUUGUUCCUUUUCAGAAACAUGGAAACUGAAGGCAGUAAGGAAGGAAUGAGGUCCCAUGAUAUUCAGUCCCUGAAAUCACCCAAAACUGCCCAGACACUUUCACAGAUUUCCUAGGCCCAAGGAAAACGUAUUUUAAAUAUGGAGCAAAGAGUCCUGUGGCACCUUAUAGACUAACAGACAUAUUGGAGCAUGAGCUUUCGUGGGUGAAUACCCACUUCGUCGGAUGCAUGUCAUAUUUUAAAUAUGUAGAGCUUCAAUGGACUAAAACUGAAGAGCUGUCAUGAUCUCCAGGAAGAGCUAAAUUCCCAAUUUUGAGCACAAGAAGUGUUGCAUGUUUUUGAGCUGGCUACCUCAGGAGCUAAAGUGACUUCUGCUCCCACACCCCUAUGCAGGCAUCAGUUCUAGCAGAGCUCUGAAUGCCUGGAAUAUUCAUUAUGCAUCAAAAACAGCAAUCAGUCCAUCCAUACAGCAUAUUCUUUGUUCAGUGGACUGUACACCUGCCAUUGUGAAGCAUUGGUUAAAUAUAAAAGAAGCGAUUUUCUUUUUUCAGCUGAAAGGACAGCUUUCUAAGGGACAUAUCUGUAUGUUUCUUUACUGUUGCCAACUCAUGAUUUGAUCGCAACACUCACAAUAUUUGGUGUAUAUCUUAAAG